CCUCAGCCCCACGGGCCACCAGAUGCCUUGAGCCAUGGCGGACGAGAAGCCCCCCCAGCUGGUGGACUACUUCGUGGUGGCCGGGUUGACGGAGACCUCUCGGGCCUUGGAGGAGGAGACCCAGCAGCACCGGGCGGCCCGACCCACGGAACCCAUCACGGACGUGGCCGUCAUCAUCCGCUCCCAGGGGGAGGACGUGCCCCACGGCUUCACCUGCAUCGAAACCACCACCUCGGGCCACCCCGUGGACCUCAACGCCGGGCUCCUCAACAACCCCCAGAUGUUCAUCUGCUACAAGAGGAGCCGCGACAAACCCCCCCUCAUCGAGCUGGGGGUGCACUACGAGGGCAAGGACCGCCCCAAACCGGGCUACAAGAUCUUGGACACCACGCCCUACAGCCGCUCGGCCAACCUCAAUUCUGGGGGGCCCGGCCACCAAAGGACCUUCCUGACCUAUAGACGGGCGGCCGAGCCCCACGGCCACAACACCUUGGGGGUCACCGACAUCUGCCUCAUCAUGCCCAGCAAAGGGGAGAGCACCCCCCACACCUUCUGCCGGGUGGACAAGAACCUCAACACCAGCAUGUGGGGUCCUGCCCUCUUCUUGUGCUACAAGAUCGCCAUGGCCAAGGCCAACACGUUGGUCUACGAAGCAGGGCUCCUGGGACGUUACCCCGAGCAGGACAGCGAGGCCUUUCCCCUCCCCGAUUCGGUGCCCGUCUUCUGCUUGCCCAUGGGGGCCACCAUCGAGAGCUGGCCGGCCGACACCAAGUACCCCUUGCCCGUCUUCUCCACCUUCGUGUUGACCGGCGCUUCGGGGGACAAGGUUUACGGGGCGGCCAUCCAGUUCCACGAGGCGUUUCCCCGGGAGCGGCUGUCGGAGAAGCAGAGCCUGCGGUUGGGUCUGUUGAGCGUGGUGGAUCGACGGCCCGUGCCUGGACGUUCUCUGCAGACCCGCAAGAGCAUCUGUGUCCUCUCCCACUGGCCCUUCUUCGACGUCUUCCGCAAGUUCCUCAUGUUUAUCUACCGCUACUCCAUCUCGGGGCCCCACGUGCUGCCCCUCGAGACGUGAGCUCCCGGGCGAGGAAGGAGGAGGAGGAGGA